AUGCCCUGGAUAAAUUGGACAAAUGAGGUGGAUUUUACUCUGUUUGGCCUGUCUAGUGAUCUAAGUGUUCAGUAUUUUCAGUUUGGGAUAUUUCUGCUGCUUUACCUCAUGUCGCUUCUGGGUAAUCUCACCAUCACCAUAGCAAUAUGGGUAGACCAAAAGCUUCACACACCUAUGUAUUUCUUUCUGGGAAAUCUCUCAUUCCUUGACAUUUGCUACUCUUCAGUUACUGUUCCCAAGAUGUUGGUGGCUUUAAUUGGGGGGAACAACAAGAUUUCAUACAGAGGUUGCAUGUCUCAACUGUAUUUCUAUGUCUCUUGCUGCAGUACAGAAUGUUUGCUUCUGUCAGUCAUGGCCUUUGACCGCUAUGUUGCUAUCUGUAAUCCCAUGCAUUACACAGUUAUUAUGAGCAAAAAAACUUGCUUCCAACUGGCUGCAGGUCUUUGGUUAAUUGGAUUCACCAGCUCAAUUGUACACACAGUCUUCACAGCGCGUCUGCCCUACUGUGGCUCACAUAGCAUUUCCCAUUUCUUUUGUGAUAUCCCUCCAAUGCUCCAGCUUUCAUGUGCGGAUACUUUCAUGAAUAAUGUACUAAUUCUCACAGCAGGUGGAUUUCUAGGACUGAGCUCCUUUGUACUUACUCUCAUUUCCUACAUAAAAAUUAUCUCUACCAUCCUAAAUAUCCAGACAAAAGUAGGAAGAGGAAGGGCAUUUUCAACAUGUGCCUCUCACCUAACAGUAGUCACCAUCUUCUUUGGCAGCAUCAGUUUCAUGUACAUGAGGCCAACCUCCAGCUACUCAUUUGAAACUGACAAAUUAAUUUCUCUUCUUUAUGCAGUUUUAACACCAGCUUUAAACCCCAUCAUAUAUUCACUUAGGAAUAAGGAGUUUAAAGCUUCACUGAAGAAGACACUAAUAAAACAUAUUUUUUCAAAAGUCAUUGUAAAAUGGACACCUGCUGGCCCUAUCUCAUCCCAUGACUUAUUUUAA